GGAGUUACAGAAACGCAUGCCUUGAAAACGAUCAAAACUUUCGAAACAAACUAAUACAAACGACCUUGUCUAAACAUUAAAACCAAACAUUCAGUAUUUAAUCUAAGUGGGUGUUUUCUUAAAGGUGGAUUCAAUGAUCAAUUUUCCAAGGAAUAUAUGCACUGGAUGUGCCAAUCAGCUAGAAGAAAUAUUUGUGUUUAUUGAAGACGCAAAGAGUAAUGAAGCUGGAUUGGAAAUACAAUCAAUAGUGAAGAAAGAAAAUGCAGUAAAGACAGAUAGAGCAAUCGAUGAAUAUAGUGAUGUAGAUACAACUCAAAGUGAACCAAUAAGUUGUCGAAUUUGUUUAUAUCCAAGUAAAGUAAAACAAAUAAAAGAGGAGACACAUCUCAUUCAGCUCAUCCAUAUUGUCACCAGCAUUAACGUUGAUAGCGAAAUUUUCUUGUGCCUCUCAUGUAUAAGGAAAAUAGAAAAGAUAUCUUCAUUUGUCACUUCAUCUAUCUAUAAUGAGGAGAAACUUAAAAAUGGUCUCACAAGAGCUGGGAAAGAAGAAGCUGGAAAUUGUUCGAAUCACAUUCCAGUUGAAACAGCAGAGACUAAAGAUUUGAAAGUUGAAAUGAUAAUAUGUCAAAAUGAUGCAGUGAUAGAAAAAAAUAUCGAGGAGAGUGAAUUCGCAAAUGAAACUGUUGACAUCAAAGAAGAAAUUGUUGAUAUUGAGGAAGAAGAUAGCAUUAAUGUCAAGGAAGAAACUAAUGAAAAAGAAUUAUCAGUUUCUAAUAUCAUUUACUUUCAAAAUAAAUCCAAACUUCCGUUACAACCCACGGCAGAAAGGCCAUUCCAAUGUGCUUUUUGUAAACAAUGUUUUGGUACUAAGGGUAACUUGAAGAAUCAUAUAGUCUCUGGGAAAAAAAUACCAUUACAGUGUCAUAUAUGUGAAAAGAAAUUCCUGCAAAAGUGUCAACUAAAAGAUCAUUUUCAAAUCCAUGUUGACGAGAUGCCAUUUCGCUGUCAUUUUUGUAAAAAUCGUUUCUCUGACAAAGCAACUCUGAAAAAACAUUUGUUGAGUCACACUGAAGGGAAAACUCAUCGGUGUCAUAUUUGCAAACAAACAUUCACCGAUAAUUGUCAGUUGAAGAACCAUUUACAAACUCACACUAAAGAAAUGCCAUUCCAGUGCCAUAACUGCCAGAUUCGUUUCUCCAGAAAGGAGUACUUGGAACGGCAUUUGCUCUCCUACACUGGAAAAAAACCAUAUCAGUGUUACAGAUGCGAAAAAGGAUUCGUUACUAAGGGCAGUUUACAAAAGCAUUUGUUGAUCCACACUGGAGAGAGGCCAUACAAGUGCGACUGCUGUGAGAAGAGUUUUACUCAGAUGGGUCACUUGACAAAGCAUUUGUUCACGCAUACUAAUAAAAAAGGAUACGAAUGCAAUAUCUGCAAAAAAAGUUACUUUUCAAAUUAUGAUUUUAAAGAACAUGUUCGAAGUCAUAGUGGAGAAAAGCCGUACCAGUGCAGUUACUGCGAAAAAUCUUUUUAUCGAAGCCCCAAUUUCGAAAGACAUUUGCGCACUCAUAAAAAUAAAUUGCCUAGAGAUAAUAAUGACAGUAGCUCUCCAAGUGGAUCAAAACUUCCUUUAGAACCAACACCAGAAAGACCAUUUCAAUGUGAUUUUUGUAAACAAUGUUUUCUCUACAAGAAUAAUUUGAAAAAUCAUAUAAUCACUGGUAGAAAGGGCCUAUCACAGUGUCAUUUAUGCGAACAAAAAUUCAUACAAAAGUGUCAACUAAAAGAUCAUAUGCUGGUUCAUGCUGAGGAGAUGCCUUUCCACUGUUAUUUUUGCAAAAAUCGUUUCUCCGAAAAGAAAACUUUGAAAGAGCAUUUGCUCACUCACAAUAAAAGUGAAACUCGUCAGUGUGAUUUCUGUAAAGAAAUAUUCACUGAGAAUAGUCAUUUGAAAGAUCAUUUGCAGACUCAUACUGAAGAAAUGUCUUUCCAAUGCCAGUACUGUCAAAUUCGUUUCUUUAAAAAAAAUACUUUGAGGCGGCAUUUGCUCGCACAUACUCAUUCUGAAGAAAAAUCAUAUGAAUGUGAAUAUUGCAAGAAGCGUUUCAUUUUCAAAAGCCUUUUGCAGAAUCAUUUAAUCACCCACACUGGAGUGAAACCAUAUAAAUGUGACUGCUGCGAAAGAAGCUUUUCUCAAAAACGAAAUUUAAAUGCCCAUUUACUUACUCACACUAAACGAAAGGUAUUCGAGUGUCACAUCUGCAAAAAACAAUACUUCAAAAGCACAAGUUUCAAGGAACAUAUUCGUACCCACGAUGAAAAUGAACGGUUCGGUUGUUAUUAUUGCAAAAAGGAAUUUCCGUCCAAAAGCACAUUAGGUCAACAUGUCUGUUCUCAGUCCGAUAAAAAGCCGCCUAAAUGUGAUUAUUGUCAAAAACAAUUCACGUAUAAAAGCAAUUUGAAAACGCAUUUACUCAUUCAUUUUGGAGAUAGAAAAUACGAAUGUAGUAUGUGCAAUAAAAAAUUUGUCUCUAAUAGCCUUUUGAAAGAGCACGUACGUUCCCACGUUGAGAAAUAUAAAUGCGAGGUAUGCAAAAAGUGUUUCGGUGUGAAAGGAAGUUUGGAGCGACAUUUACUCAUCCACACUGGAGAAAAACCCUUCGAAUGUUAUCAUUGCCAAAGAAAGUUCAAUCAAAAAGAGAGUUUGAAGAAGCACUUGCGUAUUCUACACUAAAAAAUAAUAAUUUUUAGGUAUCGUUUGAAAUUUUAGAUGUUUACAUAGAUAUUUCAUGAUUUCAUCUGCUGUGAAAUUUUCACAUACAUAAAAAAAUCAAAUUUUUCAAAUUUCUACAUACAAUCAGUUUGCACCAGGGCAGUUGCCAUGAGGGGAUAGGGGGGAGCUUCCCCCCCUGCUUUUUCGACUUGGGAAAAAGUUGGGAAAUUUUGAGCCGUGAAGA